AUGGUUUUUUACCCCCCAGACUAUGCCGCAGCCCAGCCCAUGGCGGGGGCCGGCCAGGCUUUGGUGCUGCCCGUCCUGCUCUGCUGCCUGUGCCCAGGUGCUGAGAGCUUCGAGUGCAAGGGGCGCGUGUGGAUCGAGCCCGCGCCCGUGGUGCGCCUGGGCUCCGACAUCGCCGUGGGCUGCCGCUCCUGGCUGGGCUGCCCCUCGCAGCAGCUCCUCAUCCUCCUCAACUACAGCCGCCCCCCGGGGACCCCGCUGGCCCUGCCCGGAGGCGCCGUGCUGCUCCGGCUGCGCCGCUUCCAGAUGCCCUUCGCCGUUGUCGCCUGCUUCUCCCGCUGUCCCCAGAGCGACCGCCUGCUGUGCGGCACGGAGCUCCGGGCGGGCUACCCCCCGGACCCCCCCGGCAACCUGAGCUGCGCCAUCGCCGAGGGCUCGGAGCGCCUGGAGUGCGGCUGGGAGCCGGGACGGGUCACGCACCUGCCCACCCGGCACAGCCUCCACCUGCGCAGGGCGGUGGCACAGGGUGAGGAGGAUGAGGAAGAUGAGGAAGAAAAGACCUUCCCUGCAGACUCACCUGUGCUGCUGAGAGAGCUGCACAAUGACAGCCACUACUCGGUGUGGGUGCAGGCCAGCAACGCGCUGGGCACUGCCCGCUCGGCCCCGCGGCGCCUCCGCCUGCAGGAGCUCGUGGUGCCCACUCUGCCCGUGGCUGUCGGCGCCGAGACCACGGACACGUCCCCUGCCAUCACCACCACCCGCUGGAGGAGCCGGACCCGGCUGAGGAGCGUGCACUGCGAGGAGAGGCACAGGGCCACGGGCACCCCGACGUGGCACGUGAGCCCCCCGGGACCCCCAAACCCCCCCUACCUGUCCCCGGUGGAGCUGUGUGACAAGGUGCCACAGGAGGGUCCCCGCUGGCAGCACGAGCUGCAGAGCGACACCGAGUUCGUGUUCCAGGCCAGGUGCCGGCUCGGCACCGCCCACAGCCCCUGGAGCGCCUGGAGCCCCCCCUUCCUGUACCGCACCCCCGAAGCAGCCCCCGCCGCCGCUCCCGCCGUGUGGCGGCGCCUGGGCCGGGCGCUGCCCGACGGCAGCCGCGAGGUGACGGUCUUGAUCAAGCCGCUGGCCCCGCGGGAUGCCCGCGGGCGGAUCCUGGGCUACGCCGUGAGCGCCGGGAGCGCGGCGGGAGCGCGGCCGCUGUGCCGCACCGCCGGCACCGAGUGCACCGUGCUGGUGCCGCCCGGAGCCCGCAGCCUCCUCGUCACCGCCCGCAACGCCAAAGGGGUCUCCAGCCCGGCCAGCAUCCCCCUGAACCGGGCUGCAGAGCAGGAAGAAUUCCCAGCCCCAGAGGCCGUGGAGGUGAAGCCUGAGCAGCAGAGCAGGGUCCUGGUUCAGUGGCAGCCCCCCCAGGCCAGCCAGAGCCCCCCGCUCUGGUUCAUCCUGGAGUGGCUCUCCAGCCCCCAGCACGGCCAGCAGGAGCAGUUCUGCUGGGAGAGAAUCCCACGCGGGGAAACGCACACCUACAUCCAAGGGGCAGCGGCUCUCCCGAGCGUGCGGCUGUACGCGGUGUAUCCCGGCGGGAUCAGCGCCCCCCGCCCAGCCCCUGCGGAGGAGCCGCUCCUGGGCAGCGCCUACAGCGAGCCGUCCCAGGAUGAUGACAUCCGAGUUUUCCUGGGACUGAGCCUCAGCGUGCUCGGAUUAUCCGUUCUCUUUGCAAUUGUGAUGUUUAAAAAAUCAGUCAGGAAAAGGGUUAAGGCCGCCCUGGUGUCCCUGCUGCCCAAGUGGCUGCUUGAGGACUUUCCCCGCGUGGAGAACAGCAGCGUGGUGAAGUCACUGCAGGACAAGGCAGAUUUCCCCAGCUCCAUCCUCCAGGAGCCCUUCCUGGCCUCCGCUGACCCCGCACUCUCGGAUGUCCAGGAGGUGCCGGCGCAGGAGCAGCACCAGAGCCUGGACAGCGAGGCCAGGGCGGAGGUGCCCGAGCCCAGGGAGGUCCCAAGGACCGUGGUGGUCCCCAGCAGCCCGUCCCCGGGGCAGUUGGGUGCCUACAAGCCCCAGCUCUCCGGCGGGAACGCUUUGGGAUACGUGGCCGCCGGGAUCCACCAGGCGCAGCCGCCCGCGGCCAUCCCGCAAGCAGAGGUGGGAAUGUCCUGCCUGGACUACAGCAGCCCCGUCCCCCAGCUGUGGGAGCAGCAGGGAGGGACACCCCAGCUGUGCCUGCUGGACAAGAUCAACCUGGUGCUCAACAGCAGCCUGGAAUUCCCGGGGCAGGCCGGACACGGAUCCGUCCCGGAGCGGCGCUGGGAGCCGCCCGGCGAUGGCCCCGAGCAGAUGCUGGUCCCCGAGGAGCUGCUGUCCUGCCUGAGAGCCACCAACAGGGACCCUGCCUCCCACAGAGCAUGGCAGGGCUGCUCUGAGAGCAGCUGGAAUUGGGGAUAA